CAAACUGAACCGGCAUGGCUCCGAUCAACGCCUCCUUCGGCGCGGCGGUGUUGUCACUUCUUUUCCUGGUGUCAUCGACAGCGGCCUUCAACAUCACGAGGAUCCUCGGCGAAUUCUCCGACUUCUCCACCCUCAACAGCCUUCUUUCCCAGACGAAGCUGUCCGACGAGAUCAACCGGCGGCAGACGAUCACCGUGCUGGCAGUCGACAACGGCGCGAUGGGCGCCAUCUCGGCCCUCCCCUCGGACGUCCAGCGGAAGGUGCUCGCGGUGCACGUCGUCCUGGACUACUACGACGCCGACAAGCUCCGCGGCAUAAAGAACGGCUCCGCCAUGCUGACGACGAUGUUCCAGUCCACCGGACAGGCCACCAACCGGAUGGGCUUCAUCAACUACACCAGGCGCGCCGACGGCGUGAUGAUGUUCGGCUCCGCCGAGCCCGGCGCAUCGCUGACGUCCCAGAUGGUGAAGUCCGUGGCUUCCCGGCCCUACAACAUCUCCGUGCUGCAGGUCAGCUCCGCGAUCGUGCCGCCCAGCAUCGGCUCCACCGACGGCAGCAAAGCUCACGCUCCGGAGAACGCCCAUGCUAAGGCCCCCGCACCGGCACCCACGCCGUCGACGAGCAAGAAGCCAAACGCCCCUGCCCCGGCUCCAGCCCCUUCCGACGAUUCUAGCUCUGACGGACCUGCUGCUGCACCUGGCCCGGCGGCAGACUCGCCCGACGCGGACGGUCCGGUGGCAGACUCGCCCGACGCGGAUGGCCCGUCGGCAGAUUCGCCGGAUGCAGAUGGCCCGGCAGGCGCCGAUGCACCGGCAGAUGACAGCGACGAUACCGCGGCCGCCACGGGCAGGGUGGUUGCCAGUGCUGGUUUAGGUGUCAUGGCGCUUGUGUUCAUGGGUGUUUCGCUCUGAUUCAGCUACAUCGCUAGGUGGAGAAAGCGGAGGUACGGGGUGCACUCAUCGGAGAAGGCCAAAAAACAUCGGAUUCCGCCGGACGUUUGUGGUCCAGUCACAGGCGCCCUCUCGGAUCUGAUCUGGGCGGAGUGUUUCGAGUUUCUGCCCAUGGUGCAUAUGGGGCCUCCCCUGGACCGCGCGGGAACAUCUACUGUUCUGUGGGCGCGAGAAUGUAUACGAUGAAUGGAGCGUGUGCCCCGCCUGGUCCGCUCCCUGCGGCGUGUUCUGUUUCUGUGGGCGUGUGGAUUCAGAUCCCAGCUCUCUCUGCCUCCAAACCUCUGAUGCCUGCUGAAACGAUGUUGCU